CACAAAUCCCUUCCACGCGCUGAAGUGACCUCAGGUCCCGCAGUAACGUCAACUCUCUGCUAAUGGCAUAAAAAUCAACUGAGAUGCCCAACCGAGUAAACCUCGAUUACAAGCAUCAAAAUCUAACGGACGAAACUAUUGUAGACUUUAUAGAAACGACGGUGAAGCCCGACGUAGCGUCCUGUGAUUGCAUUGUAUGCUUGGAUUUCAGUUUCAACCGGUUGAGCACGAAUGGCUUGCGCGUGAUUGCGAAGCUCGUGGAGGGAGAGAAGCGGAUAAAGGAGGCGUGCGUCGGCUACAACUCCUUCUGCUUCUCCGAAUUUUACAACGCAAUGGCCGAGAUGAACCUAUCGAAGAUGGUGGAGGACCAGCGGGUCUUCAUGUCGAGCUCGGCGUUUGACCUUAAGCUUGCUAAGAUGUUUGAGGCUAUUCAGGAAAUUCGGCGUCAAGACGUUGAAACCGUGGACCAGGAGCUGCGCAACUCAGCUUCCUCCGUGAAGGCGUUCGCAGAAGCAACGAAAGUGUUUCAGAAAAGCGUGAGCGACGUCAUUGGCUGGCAAAAGGGCCAGAACGACCGUUUUGAUGUGCAGAUGACCUCAGCUGUUCGGUCUUUGUUGGGCACCGAUGACGUGAUCGAGUUAACGCGAAGCUUCAACAAGGUUCCCAAGAUGGAGCCGUCGCUGCCUCGGGGAUUCGAGUGGGAUGGGGUGCUCUUCAGCAACCCUGACACCAUAUGGUUGGUGGAGGCCAAGAGCGCAGUCGACACGGGAGACAUCAAAGACAUGCCCGAGCGGAUGGCCCGUACAUCCGAUUUCCUUCAGCUCAUCUAUAAUGAGACGCUACCUUCGCCGGAUGACCGGCUGUCACUUAAGCAACUGUGCAAUGCGUGGAAAGUUUUCAACCAGAUGCCGAAGAAGAUUGUCGGUGUGGUUGCAGCCUUGGGGUUCACAACUGAGCAGCUGAGUGCAGCUGCUGAGCGUGGCAUUAAGUGCGUGUACUUGAGGGAUGACGCCUUCAGUAUGGUAUGA